CGUCACAGCGCCUCAGAAGGAUUCGAUGCAUUGAUUGGCACAGCUGUUUACCCAUCCAUGUGGCGCGGAGGAGUGGUCUAGAUAUUGAUAUAGCUACCAACCAGGAAAAGACAAACCCUGACAGGGAACCAAUCGUUACGUUGAAUGCAAGGAGGCGGGGCUACUGUUCGCUGCUACUUGGACUGAAGGUAGAGUGGAAAACUGCUGCGGCUAAGGACCAGCACAUCACAAUUGUUACAAUGGACAGAAUCAUUAAUUGGUCCACCAAGAUCAUCAGCAGUUUUCUAGUGGUCCAUGAGGAAAAAAGUUUGGGAAGCACUGCUAUAGUGUAUGACAAGUUGGACAAAGGUGAAUGAUAAACAGAUUGUGUGGUGCCACUUCAAGAUGAGUCGUUUUCUGAAUGUACUCCGUAGUUGGCUAGUUAUGGUGUCUAUCAUUGCCAUGGGGAACACAGUGCAAAGCUUCAGAGAUCACAGUUUCCUCUCUGAGAAACUAUACACAGGCAAACCAAGCCUCGUAAAUGGCCUCCAAGCUCGGACCUUUGGCAUCUGGACCUUCCUCUCAUCUGUGAUUCGUUGCUACUGUGCCAUUGAUAUUCGCAACAAGACCCUCUAUAACAUCACACUUUUGACCUUCUUCCUUGCCCUGGGCCACUUCCUCUCUGAAGUGUUUAUUUACAGCACAGCAGCCCCAACAAUCGGCAUCCUGGCACCCUUAAUGGUGGCAAGUUUCUCCAUCCUGGGUAUGCUGAUUGGGCUGCAGUAUCUAGAAGUAGAAGCAACAACGCAGCACAAGAAACGGAACUGAAGUUAUGGGUUGCAUAUAUGUUGGAUCCGCCUACCACCCAUCUUCUAGUGUCUACUACCAUAUUACCUCCUUGACCUUUCCUCCUCAUUCUGGACCCUACAAGCAGUCAGAUUGUUCUUGGGACUUCAGUAAUCUUUUUUGUUUGUUUGUUUACAAUUUAUUUUGAUCUGAACCGGCAAUACUUGAUCUGUGACCAAUGUCGUAAGCAGAGCCCUGAACAGCUGUUCUAAGCAGGGUAUGGGCUUCCCUGACAGAGGGCACUGUCUUAAAGCAUCAUGGUGGUGGGAAGGGAGGGGAACUCUCCACAAGUUGUGAAAAUAAGAUAUCGUGCCCCCUCACCUUCAGAGGACAUCGAGCCGAGGAGAAACAUAGUACUGCCCAAGAUCCAGUGAAGAUUUUUGUGGGAAGAGGAGGCCAGGCCAACUUCUUCAUGGCACAUAGUAGCUGUUUGUCCAUAGGAAUGUUUUUAAAUAAACAAGCAAAUUGUUCAGAACUACAGCUUCUUUUUAUCUGGUAGGCAGAGGACAGAUGUCCAAUUGUCUCUCUCAUGCUCCUGAUCUUAGUACAAACUGCACUGACUUUUUGAAUUCUUCAUUUAAGGUUGCAGAACUUCAACUUCAGUGCUCUUUUCCUAUAUCCAAACAGGCUGUAGUUUUAGAUAACAUCAGGUCACCUCCUAAAAUUUUGUCUUGCUCACUGUAAUGCCUUUGUAAGUGGAGAUCUCCCUUGUUAUAGGUUAGUGGAGGACUGGACCAACCUAGAGAUAAACUAGGCCAGUAGUCUUCAGCUUUUUCAGACCCAGGACCUACCUUUAAUCCAAACACGCAUUUGGGGACCCAUUUCUUAACUUUUCACCAUAUAUUUGUAUGGUGGUAGCGCUAUUGUUGCAAGCCACCUUAGACCAAGUCUGGUCCCACGAAGUCCAGUGAACAAGGCAGUAGCCUGGAGUGCCAAAAUUCCAGGGGCAUCUGCCUCAGCUAUGUAAAGGUCUUGGAGAAAUACUUUUGUUUUUUUUUUACAAUAAUUUUUAUUCAAAUUUUCAUAAAACAUACAAAACAAAAUAAUAAAACAUUCAAAGACAAAAAACAAAACAAAAAUGAUUAAACAAAAAAAUAAAAUGUUGACUUCCCAUUUGUCGCAGAUCAAAUCAGUUAUAGGUCUACAAUAUAUAACAAUCCUGUCUCUUAAAUUAUAUUAUAAAAUCACUUUCCUCCAGUAGUUAUCUUAAU